AUGUCUUCAAUCAACUUCUUUCUCUUCUCCUCUGCUCCUUCAGGACCUCAAAAAACCCUAAUUCUUGGUUUCGGUUCCGACUUUUUCACAUACUUCUCAGAUAUUGCAAGAAAUGCACUAUACUACAGAGGUAUUGGGCAUGCAUUUCAUACAAUUUGUAGAGAAGAAGGUUUUUUGGGAUUGUAUAAAGGACUUGGAGCGACACUGUUGGGUGUUGGGCCCAGUAUAGCAAUAAGCUUCUCAGUUUAUGAGGCUUUGAGGUCUUUUUGGCAGUCUGAAAGGCCCAAUGAUUCGACUGUAAUGGUCAGUCUUGCCUGCGGCAGUCUUUCAGGCAUUGCCUCAUCAACAGCAACAUUCCCUCUGGAUGUUGUGAGGCGAAGGAUGCAGUUGGAAGGGGCUGGUGGUCGAGCUCGCAUCUAUAAUACCGGCUUAGUUGGGACUUUUAAGCACAUAAUCCGAACUGAAGGCCUACGGGGCUUGUAUAGAGGGAUUCUGCCAGAAUAUUACAAGGUUGUCCCCAGUGUAGGCAUUGUCUUCAUGACUUACGAGACACUGAAAAUGCUUUUGUCGCGCAUCCAAGCAAGUGAUUCAUGCUUUUCUUUAGGUGUUUCUGGGAUUUCCAAUUCGGUUAUGUGCGCCAAACGAGUGAUUCUAAGGAUUGUCAUAUGUUCUCCUUUUGUUCAGCUUCUGCAGGAAUUGAGAACUCGCAAAGUGCCUAAGGUUGGCUAUCCAACAUUGGGUGGAUUUGCAGAGUUCGUAUCUGAAUUUGACAUGCCUAGUGGUUCAAGUUGA